AGUUACUGGUAAAGUUAAUUAAUCGCCUGUUGCCUGGUGAUGGGGCGGGCGAGCGUCACGGAAGCUGGUGAGCGGACUGGGAACUCAGGGACCUGGGAAUCUGGCGGGCCUCGCUUAUACUGGGGCAUGCCAUGUUGUUUAUUCAGGAACAAGGCGACGCCCCAGGGCAAGUGUGCCGGGAAGGCGAGGUGUGUGAGACCUCGCAUGUGAAUUACAACUUUUAGGCGUCUAUUGCGGACUUGGAAACAAUUUGUCAGCAUGGCGCCGGUGCUGGAGGGGAGGUGUGGCCUGGCGUAUCCUGUGUGCCAAGUGUGGACGGGAGGGUGCCUGCGCGGGGCGUCACGUGGUGGUGGCGGUGAUGGUGGUGGAGACAAGGUGGGAGUUCAGUCAGUGUGGCGGAGCUGCCGGCCCGCACUGUGCCGCGGAUUCCUGCCUCCCUUCCCGCCCCGCACCCCUGACACGCGCUCCUGCCACCACGUGCCGAGUGCUGGCCCACGACUAUUGCUUCUUUUACUGUCUCCCCAUUCCGAAUAUUUCUACUCGGCGAAUGAAUGCCGCCGAUGUCAAGAUGCUGUAAUAACACUGCAGACUGGCCAAACUUUUCACUUGGCGAGAAAUUCAGAGCCUGUCAGGUGGACCAAGGUCUCUGGUAUCGUCCUCGCCUGGAAACUGAUCUUCAAGGACCCUGUAGCAAAUCGGGGCACUAAGACUAGAGCGGCUGAGGUGACCUGAGUUAAUUAAAGUCACAAGCUGCCGCAGCGCCCACAACGCGAGGGAUUACUGGAUGAACAGUCACCACUCAAAAGUUUAGAUUUUGCAACUCGAGGGAACUGUAGUAACUGGCUGAAAAAACAAAACAAAAACAGUCAGCAGCAGCAGUGUCCUGGUAUGACCCAGUAGUGCUGCUGGCCGCCUGCACGCUGCCAUGGGGCCCGCCCGUUGUCCACCCCUGCUACUGCUGCUGCUGCUCUACAGCCUCAGUGGGCAGGGCGUGGAGGUGGUUCCCCAAGCCCCUGACAGCCCCGCCCUCGUGCACGCCCCGCCCUUUCAGCCCCCCGACAUGCCCGCCCACGCCCUGUUGCGCUCCGGCCGGUCUGUGGGCGGCGACGAGGCCUUCAUGAACCUGACGGAAGUGAUGAGUGACCAACCCAGAUCAGCCAUGCAGGAACCCGUGAGCCAGGCCAGCAGGAGCCACAGCAGGAGCAGCAGUGACAUGGCGCGCCUCUCACACAACAUCUCGGCCAUCCUGGAGAACCUGCUCAAGAACUACAACAACCAGGUCCGGCCAGGCUACCGCGAGGGGAGGACCACUAUCGUCAAGUUUAGCCUCCUCAUCCGCAGCAUGGGACCCAUCUCGGAGAAAGACAUGAAGUACUCGAUGGAGUGUUACCUGCGGCAGGAGUGGAGUGACGAUCGGCUACAGUUCAACGGUCCCCUGAAGCGCCUGACACUGAACAUCAAGAUGCUGGAGGCGCUGUGGAAGCCAGACACGUACUUCCACAACGGCCUGGGCUCCUACGUGCACAUGACCACCAGACCCAACAAGCUGAUCCGCAUCAACCAGAACGGCGACAUCCUCUACUCCAUGAGACUCACCAUCAAGGCUAAGUGUCCCAUGGAGCUUCGGAACUUCCCUCUGGACAAACAGUCGUGUCCUCUCGUCAUCAGCAGCUACGCCUACACGGAGAAAGACGUCAAGUUCGUGUGGGACCAGAAAUUGGUGAGUUUCGUGCCCGGGAUGGCCCUCAGCCAGUUCGAGCUGCUUAACUCCAAGUGCACCAACUACUCCGUCAGGUGGCGCGCCGGGAAGGGCAUGUACUCCGCCCUCCGGGUCAACUUCAACCUGUCCCGCAGCGCCGGCUACUUCCUGAUCCAGGUGUACGUGCCCUGCAUCCUGAUCGUCGUGCUCUCCUGGGUCUCCUUCUGGAUCAACCGGGAGGCGACCAGCGACCGCGUAGGCCUCGGCAUCACCACGGUGCUAACACUCUCCACCAUCAGCCUGGAUACCCGCACAGAUCUCCCGAAGGUGCACUACGCUACGGCCCUCGACUGGUUUAUUCUCAUGAGCUUCGGCUACUGCAUCGCCACCCUUCUGCAGUUCGCCGCUGUUCACUUCUUCACUAAGGUUGGCUCUGGCGAGAUCGUGGCGGACGAGGACGAGUGGGAGGACGUGGAGGAAGUGAACGAGGUGUGCGAGCUGGAGGAGUCUCAGGAACACGGGCAGCCCUUCGAUGAAUCCUACGAGUCAGCUGGGGAGGGUCGCCGAGAGAUUGUAUUCAUCAACUCGAGCCAUCAGACGUGUCCUCCCGGAGCCGCCAUCAUCUACGCCACGCUCAACUCUGACUCUGGGGUGAUGAACCACUCCGGGGACAGCUUGGCCACCUUCAGGAACACGGAGACGCAGACGGAGAAGAAGGAGCGGUGCUGGUCGCAGUGUUACCAUUGUGUCCUGGGAGAUGAGAACUACCGGCGGGAGAGGCAGAGGACGGCCUGCCUGCAGCGGUCCGUCAACUCUGUGUCCACCAUCGACACCGUCAGCCGCAUCAUGUUCCCGCUGUCGUACGGUCUCCUCAACCUGUGGUACUGGUACUCCUACUACGACACUCAGCUGGUCUUCAACUGGACAGACCCGGGAUUCGACGACCUGGGACUCGGCCUUCACGACAAGAACCCCAUAGCUGGCGCGGAGAAGCGUCAGGGCCUGUAACCUGUAACCUGUGGCCUGCCAACACUUUCUGGCUGAUGUUGGCCACACCGCAACAGUCACGGCAGGCUGGGACUGGCGCCAUUUAGCUCAAAAUGAGUGACAAUCGUUUACGGGAUCAGCGGCACACGACGUCAUCGACAUGAAGUCACCAAGACUCACGAGAGGCUUCCAGGGUGUAGAUGUAGCUAGAGGACAAGAAGGCAUUGUCAGGCUCCAGCUGUGGUAAUGUGGCGGCGUUCCCAGACCACCUGCAGCCUCUCGGCCCUGCUUCCGGCGCCCCACCCAUCAAGGACCUGCCAGGCUGUGGCAAGGCGCCUUCAGGAAGACAAGGCGAAUAUCAUGUCAAUACAACAAAGCUCACACUCAACAAGAAAUAACCCGCACAAAGCAGCACCCAGUGUGUGGGGCUGCAUCUUGCGCGCCGUGUGUGUAUGUGUGUGUGUGUGUGUGUGUGUGUGUGUG